CUCCUGCUGUCCCAGCACACACGCACAAACCUACAUAUCGAUCACCAUCUAGGAAGCACAAAACAACACCUACUGAUCAUCGCAAGUUCAGCUCAGGUUAAAGGGCUAGACAUGUCAAGGGCGUUGGAGCCUCUCAUUGUGGGGAAGGUGAUUGGCGAGGUGCUGGACCACUUCAACCCCACCGUCAAGAUGAUGGUCACCUACAACUCCAACAAGCAGGUCUUCAAUGGACACGAGUUCUUCCCCUCCGCAGUGGCCAACAAGCCGCGUGUUGAGGUCCAAGGGGGCGAUCUCAGGUCCCUCUUCACAUUGGUGAUGACUGACCCUGAUGUGCCAGGACCUAGUGAUCCAUACCUCAGGGAGCACCUUCACUGGAUUGUUACUGAUAUUCCUGGGACAACUGAUGCUUCUUUUGGGAAGGAGCUAGUGAGCUACGAGAACCCAAGGCCAAACAUUGGCAUCCACAGGUUCAUAUUCGUGCUGUUCCGGCAGAGCCGCCGGCAGGCGGUGAGCCCGCCGCCGUCGAGGGACCGCUUCAGCACCCGCCAAUUCGCCGAGGAGAACGACCUGGGCCUCCCCGUCGCCGCCGUCUACUUCAACGCGCAGCGCGAGACCGCCGCCCGCCGGCGCUAGCCGCUGACCAACUGCAGCUGAACGUACGAAACCCGACCCCAACCAACGACCCUACGCACGCACCUGAUCUUGCAUGGACAGACGAGAACCUACGAUUUAAUCAAUCAAUUAAUUUAGCUGGCCAGGGUUUUUCUUUCUUUUUUUCCUGUUUCUCUCUUGAUGCAUGUUUGUUCAAAUAAGAAAAGGGUAGUAGCUAAAUUAGCUGCUUUGCUUGUGAACGCACGAGCUAGCUAGCAGCUACUAUACUACAGCCUACUGCUAGUACUUGCUGAUGCACAUUCUAGUUGAUUUGUGGAGGUGACAAAAUCAUUGGGAGGGUUGCAAUGUUGACUGGGAACAGUAGUGUGAGAGCUCAUAAGCAAUGGCCAUGGAGGAGUACGUGUCGAGUGGUGGAGCUGGAGGGAAAGCAACGGCCAUGGCUCUUGUAUUUCCCUUGCCCACUAUUCUGUCAUAUGGGCUCCUCACUGGUGCUUGCAGUGUACUGCUUGUUUUUGUAAUGCCAUGGUCUUCUGUAACAAGACGUGCAUACAUAUGUAGAUA